AUGGCUCUCUCCAGCCGUCUUGCUGGUCGGUCUAGCAAUCUCCUCCGCCAGUUCAGGGUUCCAGCCCCAAUUCCAGCCAGAACUUUCACUACUCGAAGCUCUACACGAUGCCUCUACCCCAUAAACCCAGUAUCUGCUGGUAAAACUGCUAGAUAUGUCCGCCUUUUCUCGAGCUCGACGAUUCGCAGGAAUGAGACCCAGACCGCACCCAACGCAAAGGCCUACCUGGAGAGCGGGGUCUUAAAGGGAGCUGCAAACCCAGUGGAUGUCAAGAAGGUCUUGGUUAUUGGCAGUGGUGGUUUAAGCAUUGGACAAGCUGGAGAAUUUGAUUAUUCAGGAUCCCAAGCUUUGAAAGCUUUGAAAGAGGCUGGUGUGUCUUCUGUGCUCAUCAACCCAAACAUUGCUACAAUCCAAACCGCCCACGUCCUUACCGAUGAGGUCUACUACCUACCUGUCACCCCAGAAUAUGUUACCUAUGUUAUUGAACGGGAGAGACCAGAUGGAAUUUUCCUUACAUUCGGUGGUCAGACCGCUCUCAAUCUGGGCGUUCAAAUGGAGAGGAUGGGCAUUUUCGAGCGCUACGGAGUCAAGGUUUUGGGUACAAGCAUCAAGACCCUUGAGACUAGCGAAGAUAGAGAUCUCUUUGCAAAGGCUCUUGCUGAGAUCAAUAUUCCAACCGCUCAGUCUAUUGCUGUCUCGACUGUAGAUGAAGCUUUGGUUGCUGCCGAAGGGAUUGGAUACCCAAUUAUCGUACGAGCCGCAUACGCUCUGGGAGGUCUUGGAUCAGGUUUUGCCAAUAACGAGGAAGAGCUCCGAAACAUGUCUGCCAGAUCUCUUACACUGUCCCCUCAAAUUUUGGUUGAGAAAUCUCUCAAGGGCUGGAAGGAAGUCGAAUAUGAAGUCGUCCGUGACGCUAGCAACAACUGUAUCACGGUCUGUAAUAUGGAGAACUUCGACCCUCUUGGAAUCCAUACCGGUGACUCAAUUGUUGUGGCACCCAGUCAAACGUUGAGCGACGAGGAAUAUCACAUGCUUCGUUCUGCUGCUAUCAAGAUCGUUCGUCACUUGGGAGUUGUGGGCGAGUGUAAUGUUCAAUACGCCCUACAGCCCGACGGACUUGAUUACCGUGUGAUUGAGGUGAACGCACGUCUCUCUCGUUCAUCCGCUCUCGCCUCGAAGGCCACUGGAUAUCCUCUGGCUUAUACUGCUGCAAAAAUUGGAUUGGGCCACACCCUUCCUGAGCUACCCAAUGCUGUCACCAAAACUACCACAGCAAACUUUGAGCCUUCCCUGGACUAUGUUGUCACCAAAAUCCCACGUUGGGAUUUGGCUAAGUUCCAGCACGUCAAGCGUGACAUUGGAAGUGCAAUGAAAUCCGUCGGUGAAGUUAUGGCUAUUGGAAGAACCUUUGAAGAAUCUAUUCAAAAGGCUAUUCGCCAGGUUGACCCCCGUUUCAUUGGUUUCCAAGGUGACGAGUUCGAUGAUCUCGACUACGAACUUGCAAACCCCACUGAUCGUCGAUGGCUCGCUGUUGGCCAAGCCAUGCUUCACGAGAACUACACCGUGGACCGUGUGCAUGAGCUGACCAAGAUUGACAAAUGGUUCCUCUACAAAUUGCAAAAUAUUGUCGAUUGCACUCACGAGCUUGAAGAUAUUGGAAGUCUUUUUGGCUUGAAGAAGGAACUUGUCAUGAAGGCGAAGAAGAUGGGUUUCUCCGACAGACAAAUUGCAAAGGCCGUAGGAAGUACUGAGGAUGAAGUUCGAGCUCGCCGGAAGGGUUUUGGAAUCAAGCCUUUCGUCAAGAAAAUCGACACCCUUGCCGCAGAGUUCCCAGCUGAUACGAACUAUUUGUAUACGACUUAUAACGCCACCACAAACGAUGUCACCUUUGACAGUCACGGGACCCUCAUGCUUGGAAGUGGUGUCUAUCGUAUUGGAAGUUCCGUCGAGUUCGAUUGGUGUAGUACUUCAGCGUGUCUGGCACUCCGAGAGAUGAACAAGAAGACUAUCAUGAUCAAUUAUAACCCAGAGACGAUGUCCACUGAUUUCGAUAUUGCUGAUAGACUCUACUUUGAAGAGUUGAGCUACGAGAGGGUAUUGGAUAUAUACGAACUCGAAAAUUCUGCUGGAGUCGUUGUCUCAUUUGGAGGACAGUUGCCACAGAAUAUUGCGCGUCGUUUACAAGAAACUGGCCUCGAAGCACAAGCCAUUGACAAGGAGCAGAAGCUCCUUGCGCUGAAAGCUAACAACGCCACAAACUACCAUUUCAAACAGAUAGCGGAGGACCACGAUGAAUACAUUGGUGAUUUAAGCGCCCGAGUAGCCAAAUCCAGGGCUAGUAAUCCAGGACGGGACCGAAUUCAUCAAGCAAACCGAGUCGAGACAACUCUGAGAGAAAAGUCCUACCGUUGCAAGGCUUGCGAUAUAGCAUUUGGCAAAAAGCAAAGUUUCGAUAACCACUUGAAGUCCGCAACACACAUCCGCAAGCAGUUCGAGUCGAGCAAUCCUUUUAGAUGCUCUCCCUGCAAUCUUGGUCUUUACAACCAGAGCAAUCUGACCCGUCAUAACAAUACAUUGCGCCACCAAAAGGCUACAGAUGCAGUGCAUUGUCCUUCCAUGCACUACCCUGAUCGAGAAGUUCUACCACCCCGAGAUUUCAUACUGUCAACAACUAACCCAUUACUAUCGCUAAUUCAUUUCCAGCAUUGCAAGGUUCUCGGAACCGAUCCUAUCGACAUUGACAAGGCAGAAGACAGACAAAAGUUCUCUGAGAUCUUGGACAGCAUCGGAGUUGAUCAACCUGCUUGGAAAGAACUAACUUCAGUCGCUGAUGCCGAAAGAUUCGCCGAUGAAGUUAGCUACCCUGUUCUAGUACGCCCGUCUUACGUCCUUUCCGGUGCAGCAAUGACUGUCAUCCGUAGCAAGGAUGAGCUGAAGGACAAACUUGAAGCUGCUAGCAAUGUGUCUCCUGAUCACCCUGUCGUCAUUACCAAGUUUAUCGAAGGCGCCGAAGAAAUCGAUGUUGACGCAGUCGGCUCGAACGGUAAGCUUAUCAUCCACGCGGUCAGUGAGCAUGUUGAGCAAGCUGGUGUUCACUCUGGCGAUGCCACUCUUGUUCUCCCACCCGCAUCUCUCGACCAUACCACUAUGAACCGAGUAAAGGAAAUUGCUGUCAAGGUUGCCAAGGCCUGGAGCAUCACUGGACCUUUCAACAUGCAAAUCAUCAAGGCUGAUGACCCCAACGGAGGUCUCCCGGCUUUGAAGGUCAUCGAGUGUAACUUGCGUGCCUCCCGUUCAUUCCCCUUCGUGUCUAAGGUUCUCGGUACCAACUUCAUCGAUGUCGCCACCAAAGCUCUCGUUGGCCGUGAUGUUCCAGAACCAACUGACCUUAUGGCCAUCAAGCGUGACUACCUUGCUACCAAGGUCCCACAAUUCUCAUGGACCCGUCUUGCUGGUGCCGACCCCUUCUUGGGCGUCGAGAUGUCUUCCACUGGUGAAAUUGCUUGUUUCGGAAAGGAUCUCGUCGAGGCCUACUGGGCUUCUCUGCAAUCGACCAUGAACUUCCGCAUGCCCGAACCUGGAGAGGGUCUGCUCUUCGGAGGAGACAUCACCAAGGAGUCCUUGACCAAGAUUGUUGAUUACCUCUCGCCACUUGGCUACAAGCUUUACGCUGCUGAACCAGAAAUCAAAACAUUCCUUGAGUCUUCCGCCAAGAACAAUGUUUCCGUCGAGGUCAUUGAGUUCCCCACUGAGGACAAGCGUGCAUUAAGAGAAGUCUUCCAGAAAUACGAUAUUCGUGGUGUUUUCAACUUGGCUCAAGCUCGUGGAAAGACUGUCCUUGAUGUCGACUAUGUCAUGCGCAGAAACGCUGUCGACUUUGGCGUGCCGUUGUUCAUGGAACCAAAGACUGCUGAGCUCUUUGCCCAGUGCAUGAGCGUCAAGCUACCCCGAAAGGAAGGAAUCCCAAGCGAAGUCCGUAGAUGGUCUGACUUCAUCGGUGGUAAGCCAUUGUAA